AUGGAAAAGUAUGAGGCAUUGUAUAGACAAAGAUGUCGUUCACCGAUAUGUUGGGAUGAGGUUGGCGAGAAGAGGAUUUUAGGUCCAGAAUUUAUUGAGAAGACUGUGGAGGCUAUUGACAAGAUCAGAAUGAGGAUUAAGAUAACUCAAGAUUGCCAAAAGAGUUAUGCAAAUAAGAGAAAAAAAGAACUAGAAUUUGAAGUCGGAGAGAAAGUAUUUCUCAAGGUUGCCCCGACAAAAGGAAUACUACGAUUUGCAAAGAGAGGGAAGUUGAAACCAAGAUUUUUUAGCCCAUAUGAAAUCCUCGAGAAGAUUGGAAAUGUGGCUUAUCGUUUGGCAUUGCCACCUGAACUAUCGGCAAUAGAUGACGUAUUUAAUAUUUCCACGUUGAGGAAAUACAUUCACGAUCCAACUCACAUGGUUAACGUUCAAUCAUUAGAUGUGAAGAAAGAUAUGACUUACGAAGAAGCACCGUAA